CUUUCCACUUCUUCAUUGAUUUGCUUAAUUGCUUUUCCUUUUUGGGCUUUUGUCCAGUUAAAUUCCCGAGAAAAGCAAUGGAACCCAAAACCGGACUGCAAAACCACAACAUGAAACGAUCGUCUUCCUCCAAUUCCGAAUCGCAGAGUCACCUCGAAUCGCCUCUCCGAUUCCAUUCACCUCUUCAAUCUGACCAGGGUGAUCCGACUGACACCCCUCCCUAUGCAUCCCCAAUCGCAUCACCGGAGAAGCCUCCUCCGGAUAACUCUAAGGCUAUCGUCUCCUUCGACAAGUACACCCAGUUCUCCCCGCAUCCGUCCCCUUUUCAGCCGGCGGGGGAAAAGCGGCUGCCUCAGUCGCAGCCACCAAUGGUGUUCAAUAGAGCGGUGAAGGAGGAUGGUCCAGCGACGGCGACGAGAGUGGGGCACGCGGUAGGGGAUGGGAGGUUUGAUACGACGAGUUCUGUACCGAGGACAUCGAUAAGAGAAGAUAGGCUGAAGAUGGCAGAGCUAGGGUUUAGAAUUAGUGAGGUUGUUUUGUGCUUGAUUUCGUUCUCUGUUAUGGCUGCAGAUAAGACUCAGGGUUGGAGUGGCGAUUCCUUCGAUCGCUACAAAGAAUACAGGUAUUCCUUGUCCAUGAAUGUUAUUGGGUUUGCAUAUUCGGGGUUUCAAGCUUAUGAUCUGGCCUAUAAUCUAGCCAAUGGGAAACAUUUGUUACGCCACCAUCUUCGUCGACAGUUCAAUUUCUUCAUGGAUCAGAUAUUGGCAUAUCUCCUGAUAUCAUCAUCUUCAUCAGCUGCAACACGAGUUGAUGACUGGCAAUCUAAUUGGGGCAAAGAUGAGUUCACUGAGAUGGCUAGUGCAUCAGUCGCGAUGGCCUUCUUAGCGUUUUUGGCCUUUGCCUUGAGCUCCCUCAUCUCUGGUUACAACCUAUUCACCGCAUAACUCCUUUUGAGCAAGGAGUGUAAAUUAGUUGCUUGAAAAUAAAACAAGAUAAUGCCAUUGCACAUCAUUUUUUUAAUAUUGUACAUAAGCAGGUUUAAUAUCAAGCAGUCUCCGGACUUUGCUCGUUUUGACUUGUUUCUUUUCACUUAUUUCUUACUGGAGUAAAUGUACCAUUUAUAUUCGGAUUUUCUUCUACAUGUAUAUUUACUUGUUCGUUUCAAAUGCCAUGAUUGAAGAAUGUUAGGAUUGGAAGAGAA